GAUAGAGUACUGCGACGGUGGUGCCGUGGAUUCAAUAAUGGUGGAGUUGGAGAAGGCGCUGACCGAGCCCCAGAUAGCCUACGUUUGCCAGCUCAUGUGCAAGGGCCUCAUUUUUUUACACAAGGCCAAAGUCAUUCACAGGGACCUAAAGGCCGGUAAUGUUCUACUCACUAUGGCUGGAGGCGUGAAAAUCGCGGAUUUUGGCGUUUCCGCGAAAAACAAGUACACGUUGCAAAAACACGACACGUUCAUCGGCACUCCCUACUGGAUGGCGCCGGAAGUCGUGUUGUGCGAAACGUUUCGGGACAACCCCUACGAUUUCAAGGUCGACAUAUGGUCGUUGGGCAUCACGUUGAUUGAGUUCGCGCAGAUGGAGCCGCCGAACCACGAGAUGUCACCGAUGCGCGUUCUCCUUAAGAUCCAAAAAAGCGAUCCGCCAAAGCUCGAGCAGCCAAGCCGUUGGAGCAAGGAUUUCAAUGACUUCAUAGCCAAAGCUUUGACGAAGGAUCCGUCCACGAGACCCAACGCCGAGGAACUACUGAAACACCCGUUUGUCAACCGAAAUCUCGAUUCCAAGCCGAUUCGGGAUCUUUUGCUCGAGUACAAGGCCGACGUCGUUGAGGAGGAGCUCGUCGAUGAUGACGCUGAGGAGCAACGCACGUCACAAAUUCCCCUGGAAUUGGACCAAAUCGGAGAUGACUCUGCCUCUGUUCGCAGCGACAAUGAUGCCAAAGUUGCAGACAAAGAAAACGCAGCGCCAGUCCCGGCGACAGCCGCCAAGAAGGAGGAGAGCAACAAGCGUGAAAUCGCCCGGGACGGCGAAAAAGAGGAGCGCAGCAAGAAACUGCGCAAGGCCGACUCCAAGGAGAACAUACCCUUGCCCUCGGAGAAGAAACCAGCUCCAAAGCCCCCGGUGCCAACACCCAGCGAAGCAAGCACCGAGCGACGGUUCGCCCAGCAAAAGGGCCCCGCCCCACCGCCUCCGUCGAUGGCCCGCCACGAGAGCAAAACCGACCUGAGCCAAGCCAAAAGCGAGCCCAAACCAAGUGCCAUAGACACCGUCAACCACCAGCAAGCGCCUCCAGUUCCGGCCAAAGUGACCGACCAGAAACCACCGGUGGCCAACAAGCCCGAAACCACUGCCGUCAACGGCGAGGCCAAACGGCGCAGCUCGUCCGAGGGCAAAAAGCCCCCGGUGACCCCCGAGAAGCCCAGCCUGGCCAAGAUGCACGACACGUCGAGAUCCCGGAGCGUCGAGGGCAAGCCCAGUCCGGCUUCCAAGAGCAGGCAACAGCCGAGCGUCGAGGAGAAGCGCAAGUCCGCGCCAGUCAAGCCCGUGGGAAGCAUCGAGGACUGGCAGCUCGACAAGAAGAAAAACAGACGCGAGAGGCAAUCGUCGCGAGAAGCGAGCCCGGUGGACAAGAGGAGGGCGUCGAGCGGCAGUAGCAGCGGCAGCGAGAGCCGGCGCAGCCUCGAGCAGAAGCGCAAAUCCGUCGAGGACAAGCUGAACACCUUGCUCGAGAAGCAACAGCAGAGCGUCCUCAAGCGGCAAGUGUCCCAGGACUCGUCGUCGUCGUCGUCGUCCUCGUCGGCGCAACAGUCGCCCAAGACCGAGGAGAGCCCCUUGAAGUCGACCUCGAGCUCCAACGACACCACCAAAAUGGUCAUUAGCUGCGACGAGGACGAGGAGAGUAAGAGCAGAAGCGGGAACUCGUCGCGCAACGACUCGCUCGACAACUUUUCCGAUGACCCCGAAGCCCACCGCCCACCCACCAGAGUCGCCGAGGACAUGGUCGACAGGGCGAAGGACAAGGCCCCUGGUGGAGUCAACGUGUCUGUCAUCACAUCGACGCCCGUCAAGAACAACGUGUCGAGAAGCGCCAGCGGCGACAAUAUCGUCGUCAUCACGGGCACGGAUAACGAGCACCGGGCCAACACGUCGACGACGGUGCGCAUAACAGCCGAGAGCCCCGACCCGUCCAACAGCCUCGCGAGCAAUGUGAGCCAAGUGACGGUGGUCACGACCCACCCGCCUGUACUGAUCGACGCCGCGUCGAGUCCACCGCCACCCAGGCGCGCCUCGUCCGAGGUCGUCAUCGUCGCCAACGAGACUAACAAGACACAAGUGAACGAGAGCGCAGUGGAGGACGACGGCUUCACCAGUCUGGACAGUCUCGAGUACACGCCGCAAGAGCAGGCGAUAGUCAUAGAUCAGUCGGCGAGUAACGGGAAAAAGAUAGGCAAGCGGCUGGACGAGUCCGAGGUCGUCAUAGUCAGUCCGAUCGAGGAUGAGCAGCAGCUGUUGCUCGACACUAGUCACGUGUCUGUGGUCACCGUCGGUGACGAGCGCGAACAGGUCAAGGAUUCGUCGGCCCUCGGCACCCCCAUCCCCGAGAACGACAGAACACGGAAACUCAUGAACGGACAGGUACGACAGACCCUCGAGCAGUCGUCGACUGGCGAGACGACGACACCGUUGAAAGCUAAAGACUCGUCGCAUCGCAAUCAGAACCAAGUGCACAACAAACAACGCGUGUCGCCGGAUAGUUACGAGGGCUCGUCGAUACGUUGUUCUCAGAGCGAUUCAGCCUCGACUCGCUCGCACACGCCGAGCAAGAGCAUCGACCGGUCGGACGCCGAGUCCAUAUCGACGACCAUCAGCCAAGACAGCCGUGGCUCCAACAAAGACGCCAACAAUCACGCGAGCAACAACAACAACAACAACAAUAGUAGUAGUAGCGUAGUGACGACAACAACCGGCGUUGUCGAGAACAAUGGCCAUCACAGGACAGAGUCGAGGCAGUCGACCGAGAUGGACGAGGAGGUGGUGUUGCGCAGAAAGCCCGAGUACACCCGCGAAAUCCCGAGGCGGACCAAGGAGGACCUCGAGAGGAUACAGAUGAUGAAUCUGAAGAAAAAGACCAGGAAGCGCACCCGCAAGUUCGAGAUUGACGGCGUCGUCGUUACGACCACGACUUCCAAGGUUAUUUACGGCGACGAUGAGAACGGAAAGUUCUACGACGACCAGAUAUUCCGGAAGCAGGAGCUGCGGGAGCUCAAGAUGUUGCAGAAAAUGGAGCAAAAGCAGUUCCAGGAUCUGGCGCAGAAGGCCAUGUUGAACAAGGAACAGUCGGAGAAGCGGAACGAGCAGGAACGCCAGAUGCUGGAGCGCACGGCCGAGGCCGAUCUCGAGGCGCUCCUGAGACAGCAACGCCAACAGUUGGAACGCGCCGAGGCGCAACAGGAGGCCGAUCUGAGGUUGGCCUCCAAGAAGAUCAGAGCCGAACAGGAACGAGAACUCAAGCAAUUCCGCGAGGGCCUCAAGCAGGACCUCAGGCUGCUCAAGCAAGAGGUCGACCUUAUGCCCAAGGAGAAGCGCAAGAGCGUGUUCAAGGUGCGCAAGGAGAAACUGGAAGCCGAGCACGAGGAGCGGGAGAAGCUCUUUCUGGAGAAGCUCAACGAGAGCCACGAGACGUCGCUGCGCCGUCUUUCGGACGGCCACCGGGAGAAGAUCGCCCUGAUGGAGCGCCAGUUUCUACAGCAAAAGCAGCAGCUGCUCCGGGCGCGGGAGGCCUCGCUCUGGGAGCUCGAGGAACGCCAGAUCCACGAGCGCCAGCAGCUGCUCAAGCGCCAGCUCAAGGACAUAUUUUUCCUGCAGCGCCACCAGAUGCUCAUUAGGCACGAGAAAGAGCUCGAGCAGAUGAAACGCAUGAACCAGCGCAAGGAGGAGGAGCUCGUCAAGCGCCAGACCAUUGAGCGGCGCAACUUGCCCAAGAGGAUUCGCAACGAGAUGAAGGCUCGCGAAAUGAUGUUCAGGGAGUCGAUGCGCAUCUCUAUAUCGACCGCAGUGGUGACGGAUCCGGACGACGAGCGCGAGAAGCUCAAGAAAUUCCAGGAGAACGAGAAGAAGCGCUACCGGGCCGAGCAGCAGCGUUUCGAGCUGAAGCACUUGCGCCAACUCGAGGAGAUGAGGGCGGCGAGCGACGCGGCGAUCAAGGAGCUCGAGCAGCUCCAGAACGAGAAGCGCAAGAUGCUCCAGGAGCACGAGAUGAUCAAGCUCAAGGAGAGGGAGGAGGCGUACGGCCGGGAACUCCGCGAGUGGAAGACUCUGCUGAAACCUCGCAAGCAGCAGUCAAUCAAUGCCUGCGUAUUUUCACAGAACUUCGAGGCGGAGCUAGCUCUGGAGAUGGAAGAACUGGAGUUGCGGUACAAGGGUUACCUGCCCGCGCGCCUCAGCGGCUUCUACCUGACGAACUUUGGCCAAUUCGACUUAUCCCUCUCGAAAUGCCUUUCCGGGACGAAUUCGUUGCCGAAACGACGGCCGAAAAGUUGCAACCACAAACCCAUCGAGUCGGCGUAUUCCGUCCCGAGUUCGCCCAUGCCCUUCCACAUACCCAGGGUCCAGUUGAGGUUCAGCGGUGGCUCGGACACGAGCUCCAUAGCCAGCGGCACGCUCUCCAAAACCCGUUCCGUCAGCAGUAGGCUCGACCUCGUGUCCACACCACCGAGGAAUCAACCCUUCCUCCCCUCCUCCUAGACUUUUGGUCAGCCGUGCUGGGUUUCUUUCUUUUCUACUCUCGUUUUAGGGGCUGUACCAUUUUUACCCCGCGCUCGUGACCCCCUCGUUUGAUUAACAACAUUUUGUGUGAUUAACAACGAAUUGUUUUUCUUUUGAUGUUAUUUUUAAGCCGCAUUGAUUUGUUUAUCGGAGUUCCUUACUUACAAUUAAUGUUAUUGUACUACACGCACGUUCCUCCAACGUUGGAGCGUUGGGAAAAAAAAAAAAAAAAAAAAAAAUUACCAAAUCCUGUGGUACAGCUCUGAAAACUCGUCAUUUCGGGGUGCUUAUGCCAUCUGGUUGGCCCGAGGGUGUCCUGAUCGCUCGAGUCAUAAGUUCUUUGACUUGUAUUAAUUGUACUUUCACGGGAUUAGAUUAGAUGCUUUUUUUUCCUUUUCUUUUUUAUUUAUGCAUCGCAUAUUAUACACGCUUGUACACGUACAGUUUAAGAUCAAUUUUUGUUUUCUAUUACGUUAUUGUUGUUAUUAUUUUUAUUACUACUAUUGUUACGAUUCACGUGCUUUCGAUGCAUUUGAAAUUAAUUCAUGGAAAAUCAAACCUUUUUGUAAAAAAAAAAAAACGCAACAAGUUUAUUGUCGUAUUUUAAAGGAUUUUCCAAAGAGCUGAAUUUUGUUAAAAAAUCUUCGGUGCACUGCUGAAAUUCUCGCACUUGUAUACAAAAACACAAACUAAGAUUUAUAAUAAUAAUAUUUCUAGCGAAAUAAAAAUUACUUUGUAUAAUUACAUGCAUAGACGUGCCACGAACUUUAUUCUCAGCCUCCGUAUGUGGCCGUAAAAUAGCCUUCCUUCGCCAACGUAAGCUUUCACGAAUACUCUGCCUCUGUGUCUUAUUCAAAAAAACUCGUCCUCGAGCUUUUCCUUUUUUUCAGUGAAAUCAUGCCAGUCGUUCAUUGUAUAUGUGUGCAGGUACAUCCCUCGGUCUCUGUGUGUCUAUCAUCCGUGACUGAUGUUCAGCUCACAUUUUAAUCCCCCGAUUUGUUUGUACCAUCAUUCCAUUGCUCUGUUUUACGUUUUUUUUUUUUUUUUUUUUCCUGUCUGUUGUUUACCACGUGCACUUUUUUUGUUGUCUCCAGUCACAAUGGUUUUUUAUUACCGCGAUUGUGUCUUUUUUUUGCUUCUUCAAUUGCUGUUUUUACGAGUUUAUGUUGAUUAUUUGUAACCAAAUCAUUUGAAUGUCAAACGUUAACACAGGGUAUCGUAUACAUGCAUAAGUUGCGUUUGUUGAAAAAAAAAAUUUUUUUUUGAAAUAAGCGCAACGUCAUUGUUUUUGUCUGUUGGGUAAUCAGCAAAAAAAACAAAGGGCUAAUGGUGAUCAUAAAAACAAAAUGUGUCUUAUUUAUUGGUGCUUGGAGUUUUGUUGUUUUUCCA